CCUGGACGUGCGUCUUUCUUUCUUCUCUCUGGGGAAGCAUGAGCGUGCAGACCCGCCGCUGCGGCGGCCGCCCGGGCCCUUCGCCUCGCCCUCUUCGGGCCGCCCGUCGCCGGUGAGAGCAGAGCGCGCGAGAAGGGAAGAUGGGGCCCGUCCUGAGGAGCCUCCUGGCCUGCAGUCUCUGCGUGCUCUUGAGAGCGGCCCCUUUGUUGCUUUAUGCAAACAGACGGGACUUGCGGUUGGUGGAUGCUACAAAUGGCAAAGAGAAUGCUACAAUAGUAGUUGGAGGAUUGGAGGACGCAGCUGCAGUGGACUUUGUGUUUGGUCAUGGCUUGAUCUACUGGAGUGACGUCAGCGAAGAAGCUAUUAAGCGAACAGAAUUUAAUAAAACUGAGAGUGUUCAGAAUGUUGUUGUUUCUGGAUUAUUGUCCCCUGAUGGACUGGCAUGCGAUUGGCUUGGAGAAAAAUUAUACUGGACAGAUUCAGAAACUAAUCGGAUUGAAGUUUCUAAUUUAGAUGGAUCUCUACGAAAAGUUUUGUUUUGGCAAGAGUUGGAUCAACCCAGAGCUAUUGCCUUAGAUCCUUCAAGUGGGUUCAUGUACUGGACUGACUGGGGAGAAGUGCCAAAGAUAGAACGUGCUGGAAUGGAUGGUUCAAGUCGUUUUGUUAUAAUAAAUACUGAAAUUUACUGGCCAAAUGGACUGACUUUGGAUUAUGAGGAACGAAAGCUUUAUUGGGCAGAUGCCAAACUUAAUUUCAUCCACAAAUCAAACCUGGAUGGAACAAAUAGACAGGCAGUGGUUAAAGGUUCCCUUCCACAUCCUUUUGCAUUAACGUUAUUUGAGGACACAUUGUACUGGACUGACUGGAAUACACACUCCAUUUUGGCUUGCAGCAAGUACACUGGCGAGGGUCUGCGUGAAAUCCAUUCUAACAUCUUCUCUCCCAUGGAUAUACAUGCCUUCAGCCAGCAGAGGCAGCCAAAUGCUACAAAUCCAUGUGGAAUUGAUAAUGGUGGUUGUUCUCAUUUGUGUUUGAUGUCUCCAGUCAAGCCAUUUUAUCAGUGUGCUUGCCCAACAGGGGUCAAACUUCUGGAGAAUGGAAAAACCUGCAAAAAUGGUGCCACUGAAUUACUGCUUUUAGCCCGAAGGACAGACUUGAGACGCAUUUCUUUGGAUACACCAGAUUUUACAGACAUCGUUCUGCAAUUAGAAGACAUUCGUCAUGCCAUUGCCAUAGAUUAUGAUCCUGUGGAAGGCUAUAUCUACUGGACUGACGAUGAAGUGAGGGCCAUACGCCGCUCCUUCAUAGAUGGAUCUGGCAGUCAGUUUGUGGUCACUGCUCAAAUUGCCCAUCCUGAUGGUAUUGCUGUUGACUGGGUUGCACGAAAUCUUUACUGGACAGACACUGGCACUGAUCGGAUAGAAGUGACAAGGCUCAAUGGGACCAUGAGAAAGAUCUUGAUUUCAGAAGACUUAGAGGAACCCCGGGCUAUUGUGUUAGAUCCCAUGGUUGGGUACAUGUAUUGGACUGACUGGGGAGAAAUCCCGAAAAUUGAACGAGCAGCUCUAGAUGGCUCUGACCGAGUAGUAUUGGUUAAUACUUCUCUUGGUUGGCCGAAUGGUUUAGCUUUGGAUUAUGAUGAAGGCAAAAUAUACUGGGGGGAUGCCAAAACGGACAAAAUUGAGGUUAUGAAUACUGAUGGCACUGGAAGACGAGUACUAGUGGAAGACAAAAUCCCUCACAUAUUUGGGUUUACUUUGUUGGGUAACUAUGUUUACUGGACUGACUGGCAGAGGCGCAGCAUCGAAAGAGUGCAUAAGCGAAGUGCAGAGAGGGAAAUCAUCAUAGAUCAGCUGCCUGACCUCAUGGGGCUAAAGGCCACAAAUGUUCAUCGAAUCAUUGGUUCCAACCCUUGUGCUGAGGAGAAUGGGGGUUGUAGUCAUCUUUGCCUCUAUAGACCUCAGGGCCUUCGCUGUGCCUGCCCCAUUGGCUUUGAACUCAUUAGUGACAUGAAGACCUGCAUUGUCCCUGAGGCUUUCCUUUUGUUUUCACGGAGAGCAGAUAUAAGACGAAUUUCUUUGGAAACAAACAAUAAUAAUGUGGCCAUUCCACUGACUGGUGUCAAAGAAGCUUCUGCUUUGGAUUUUGAUGUGACAGACAAUCGAAUUUAUUGGACUGAUAUAUCACUCAAGACCAUCAGCAGAGCCUUCAUGAAUGGCAGCGCGCUGGAACAUGUGGUAGAAUUUGGCUUGGAUUACCCAGAAGGCAUGGCAGUGGACUGGCUUGGGAAGAACUUAUACUGGGCUGACACCGGAACAAAUCGAAUCGAAGUGUCAAAGUUGGAUGGACAGCACCGACAAGUUUUGGUUUGGAAAGAUCUGGACAGCCCCAGAGCUCUAGCUUUGGACCCCGCUGAAGGAUUUAUGUAUUGGACUGAAUGGGGUGGAAAACCCAAGAUAGACAGAGCAGCUAUGGAUGGAAGUGAGCGUACUACACUGGUUCCAAAUGUAGGGCGGGCAAAUGGCCUGACUAUUGAUUAUGCUAAAAGGAGGCUUUAUUGGACAGACUUGGACACCAACUUAAUAGAAUCCUCAAAUAUGCUUGGACUCAACCGUGAAGUUAUAGCAGAUGACCUGCCCCAUCCUUUUGGCUUAACUCAAUACCAAGAUUACAUCUACUGGACUGACUGGAGCCGACGCAGCAUUGAGCGAGCCAACAAAACCAGCGGCCAGAACCGCACCAUCAUUCAGGGCCAUUUGGACUACGUGAUGGACAUCCUUGUCUUCCACUCCUCACGGCAGGCAGGGUGGAACGAGUGUGCUUCCAGCAACGGGCACUGCUCCCACCUCUGCCUGGCAGUGCCGGUUGGAGGUUUUGUUUGUGGAUGCCCUGCCCACUACUCACUGAAUGCUGACAACAGGACUUGUAGUGCUCCUACCACUUUCCUGCUCUUCAGUCAGAAGAGUGCCAUCAACCGCAUGGUGAUUGAUGAACAGCAGAGUCCUGACAUCAUUCUUCCUAUCCAUAGCCUUCGGAAUGUCCGGGCCAUUGAUUAUGACCCACUGGACAAACAACUCUAUUGGAUCGACUCACGACAAAACAUGAUCCGAAAGGCACAGGAGGAUGGCAGCCAGGGCUUUACUGUGGUGGUGAGCUCAGUUCCAAACCAAAACCUAGAAAUACAGCCCUAUGAUCUCAGCAUUGACAUUUAUAGCCGCUAUAUCUACUGGACUUGUGAGGCUACAAAUGUCAUUAAUGUGACAAGAUUAGACGGGAGAUCGAUUGGCGUGGUUCUAAAAGGCGAUCAAGACCGACCCCGAGCCAUUGUGGUUAAUCCAGAGAAGGGGUAUAUGUAUUUUACCAAUCUUCAGGAAAGGUCUCCCAAAAUAGAACGGGCUGCUUUAGAUGGAACAGAACGUGAGGUCCUGUUUUUCAGUGGCUUAAGUAAACCAAUUGCUUUAGCUCUUGAUAGCAGGUUGGGCAAACUCUUUUGGGCUGAUUCAGAUCUCCGGCGAAUUGAAAGCAGUGAUCUCUCAGGUGCCAACAGGAUAGUGUUAGAAGACUCCAAUAUCUUGCAGCCUGUGGGACUGACUGUGUUUGAAAACUGGCUCUACUGGAUUGAUAAGCAGCAACAAAUGAUUGAAAAAAUAGACAUGACAGGUCGAGAGGGCAGAACUAAAGUCCAGGCUCGGAUUGCCCAGCUUAGUGACAUUCAUGCAGUAAAGGAGCUGAAUCUUCAGGAGUACAGACAGCACCCUUGUGCUCAGGAUAAUGGUGGUUGUUCACACAUUUGUCUUGUAAAAGGCGAUGGUACUACAAGGUGUUCUUGUCCCAUGCACCUGGUUCUGCUUCAAGAUGAGCUUUCAUGUGGAGAGCCCCCAACAUGUUCUCCUCAGCAGUUUACUUGUUUCACUGGGGAAAUUGACUGUAUCCCUGUGGCUUGGCGUUGUGAUGGGUUUACUGAAUGUGAAGACCACAGUGAUGAACUCAAUUGUCCUGUGUGCUCAGAGUCCCAGUUCCAGUGUGCCAGUGGGCAGUGUAUUGAUGGUGCCCUCCGAUGCAAUGGGGAUGCAAACUGCCAGGAUAAAUCAGAUGAAAAGAACUGUGAAGUGCUUUGUUUAAUUGAUCAGUUCCGCUGUGCCAGUGGCCAGUGCAUUGGAAAGCACAAGAAAUGUGAUCAUAAUGUGGAUUGCAGUGACAAAUCUGAUGAACUGGAUUGUUAUCCAACUGAAGAGCCAGCACCACAGGCCACCAAUACCGUUGGGUCAGUAAUUGGAGUAAUUGUCACCAUUUUUGUGUCUGGAACCAUAUACUUUAUCUGCCAGAGGAUGUUGUGUCCACGCAUGAAGGGAGAUGGGGAAACUAUGGCCAACGACUAUGUGGUUCAUGGACCAGCGUCUGUGCCUCUGGGUUAUGUGCCACACCCGAGCUCUCUGUCAGGGUCUCUUCCAGGAAUGUCUCGAGGUAAAUCAAUGAUCAGUUCCCUCAGUAUCAUGGGGGGAAGCAGUGGACCCCCUUAUGAUCGAGCACAUGUCACAGGCGCGUCGUCAAGCAGUUCUUCAAGUACCAAAGGCACUUACUUCCCUGCAAUUUUGAACCCACCACCAUCCCCUGCCACAGAGCGAUCACAUUACACUAUGGAAUUUGGUUAUUCUUCAAACAGUCCUUCCACUCAUAGGUCAUACAGUUACAGGCCCUACAGCUACCGGCACUUUGCACCCCCUACCACACCCUGCAGCACAGAUGUUUGUGACAGUGACUAUGCUCCUAGCCGGAGAGUGACCUCGGUGGCAACAGCCAAAGGCUACACCAGUGACUUGAACUAUGACUCAGAGCCUGUGCCCCCACCUCCCACGCCCCGAAGCCAGUACUUGUCGGCAGAGGAGAACUAUGAAAGCUGCCCCCCUUCUCCAUACACAGAGAGGAGCUAUUCCCAUCACCUCUACCCACCGCCACCCUCGCCCUGCACAGACUCCUCCUGAGGAGGAGCCCUCCUCCUCUGACUGCCUCCACCAUGAAGAAUGUAAAUACGCAUUUGGUUGAGAUCUGGAGGGGGGGAGGGAACUAUUAGAGAAGGAUGAGGCAGACCAUGUACAGUUAAAAUUAUAAAAUGGGUAGGGAAUACUGGAGAUAUUUGUACAGAAGAAAAGGAUAUUUAUAUAUUUUCUUAAAACAGCAGAUUUGCUGCUUGUGCCAUAAAAGUUUGUAUAAAAAAUAAAUUUGUACUAAAAGUUUUAUUUUUGCAAACUGAAUACACAGAGCAUGCCUUAAACCCAGUGAAGUGACUGAGUACAAAGGAAACAGGAAUUAUAAAGGCAUCACUGACCAGAAAUGUCUGGGCUUUAUCGAUACCAAAAAAUUUUUUUAAAGAAAAAGAAAAAAAUUACGUCUAUCCCAGAGUGGCAAACCAUACAUACUUGGAAGUAGCCAAAUAGCCUUCAAGUUAACUAACAUUUGAGACCCAAGAUAAGAAAUCAUGAAAAAUAAUAAUAAUGAUAGUAUUGAAAAAAGGGCUUUGUUUUCUCUAGGGAUACAACCAUUUUAGUGAGGAAAAUAAGUAUUUACAAAAACCCCUUCUGGGUGUUGCCGUUCAGGAGACCCCACUGUCUGUAGGACACUGCUGGGCUGUGUGUGCACGCCUUCUGUCUGUCCCUACCUUAGAGCCCACACCUCUGUCAAAAGGUUUCCACACUGCUGCCUUCCCCUGCAAUGCUGUAGGCCGUUUUGCCCCUUAAAUGGUGAUUUAUUCGAGCUUUUUAUCUGAGGAGUUGAUUAAAUGGGAUUUUUGAAAUUAGGGCUUGAUUCUAAUAUUUUACCAGCUCCAUUCCCCACCAGGCUUAGCUCUUCAAUUUGACCACUGUUUUUGCUCAGUGAUAAAAAGUUAGCCAUAUUAUUUGAUCCUCUUUACUUCCAAGAUUGUUUUAGUGCUCAAUAAAAAUGUCCUUUUGCAACACAUAUAGACAGUGUUUAAGAUCUACUAGUCUAACCAUUAUGUUUUCGUUGUAAAUUAAUCAUAUAUCCUUGCAGUACUUUCAGCCUAUAAUAUCACAUAUGAAAUCAUUUUUAUAUAUAUUUUUGAGUAAAACAUUUAAAUAUGUUCUGGUUAGAGACAAUCUAUUUAAAAAGAGUUUGUGUGUAUGUGUAUGUUACCAUUAGCUUUUCCUGUAUUAACUGUUUGUGACAUUUUCACAAUCUGUAGACCAGGUUUUCUCAGAAUGAUGUCUACAUACAUACCUCUUCUAAUGUGUGACAUGAGUUUUAAUACCUUCCUGUUAUCCACUGUGAAUGUUAGGUUUUAAAAUUAUUCACAAAUUAUUCUUAUAAUAUUCUCAUGUAUUUUUAUGUGUUCUUUUAUCCCAUUAUGGAUUAAUAUAAUUUAAGAAAUUUAACAAUGGGAAUUAAAUGAGAAGAUAAUUAUUAACUUCUCAGCUGUCAGAACUUGGGUGGAGGGGAAUAACGGAAGUCUCUUAUGUAACCUGCCUGACCUGCUGUCAUGUAUGGUACUGGGGCUGCUACAUCUUCAGCUAUCAGGGCUGACCUGUGGAUUGAUUCUAGCACUGCUCUGCCUCCUUGCCAGAAGCUAACUUCCUGCUUUUUACAUGUGUCCAGCACUGUUCUGCUAAAACUACAUGUGUUUUUUAAACUAGUGUGCUUUUACAUUAAUAGAUAUUGGUGAAUUAGUGUUCUCUCUCCCCUUCCCCUCUCCUCUCCUUCUCCCUCACCCUCUCGCUCCCUCUCUCCCUCUCUUUCUCUCUCUCCCUCUCUUUCUCUCUCUCCCUCCCUCCCUCCUCUGCCUUGGUGAGGCCUCUCUGGUAAUCAGAGCUCCCCCCAAAAUCUCAAGAAGGGAUUCAGAAGUUUAGCAGGGGCAAAGUAACUUUUCAAGCAACUAAAAAAAUACUUAACAUUUUUAAAGAGGAAAAAAAAAAUGUGGUCCAGACUAAUGCUCAGAAUACUGGGGGCAACUUAAAAGAGCCAGGUGCCCUUGAUUUUGCAUAUAUAUACAAAGGGUAAUCCAUCAGUCAGUGUCUUUUAUCUCAGACAAGCGUUGCCCCUUCCUAUUGCUGGAACAAAGUGCUCAUGGUCUAAGGCAAAGUGGACGUUGAACUUCCAAUAUGUGACACAUGGGCACUGGAUGUUUCAAUGAAGAUGGGAAGGUUAGCAAUAACUGGGUAUCAAUAAGAAUUCAAGAAUUCGAUAUGUUUACAUUUUUAGCAUGCAUCUUUACCUGGUGGGCUUCCCAUGUGGAAACUUGCACUAUAAUGAACUAAGAAGAAUAUUGCCUUGUUUUAUCUCAGUCCAAGUGCUUGUACUGCGAAGGCAAUGGCCUCUUCUUGCAAAAUACUAAUUUGUGUGCCAAUUUGUUUGAAAUUAUUUGAAGGCAGUUCAGCUUAAUCUCAGUAUCCUCUUUCUGGGAUUGUUGAGAUAGAUUCUUAAUAUUUCUGAGAGUACUUUUAAUGAGAGGAUUGUCAAAUUUGGGAAAGAGUUAUUAUUGGUUCUCAGGUUACAUGGACGGUUAAGCUUAAGUAAAAUACAUCUUGAUUACUAAACACGAGUUUUAAUUUGAAAAAUUGAGAAUGAACAUAAUACAAGUUGGGGAAAAAAAUGAAAAAAGAUUAUAGGCUUGGUGUAUCAUGAUAGUCACUAUUCAAAAGUAUGCCUGCUUAUGAUAUUAAAAUCUUAUCUGGGAAAUGAACUUUGAUAUCACACUGCACUGCAGCAAGCUCUUUGGGAUUGGUCUUCUGUAAGCGAGGUUCUCAACCUCACUUCCUCAGAGCCCAGGGUUUGCUGCCUGUUCAGGAGACCAUAAUUCAUGUCUUGCUGCCUGGCGGCUCUGAUGUGAUCAUGUUGCAUUCCUGCUGGUGGUUCAAGCUGGCAGAAGCGUGUCAAGUCAGAUAAUGGCACAUUCACACUGGAAAAAUGGAGCUGUUGGAUAGUGUUUUCUCAGUAUUAAUUUUUCUUCCAUGAAAUUCUGUUACUGCUUUGUCCCUUGUUGCCAUUCUUCUAUACUAUGUAUUAAAGAUGUCUGUUUGGCCAAAAAGUAUAGUUAUUUUAAUUGUAAUAUAAAAACACCUUUAACAGGUUUGAGAAAAAGAACAAUAGAUUAUUUAGAAAUGAAGGCUUCAAUUAAAGUACAUCUUCAUCUAAUGUAGGCCAGUAAUUUGGGGGGAAGUUUUUGUUUUGUUUAGGUUUUUGUUUUUUGAGACAGAGCCUUUUUAUGUAGCUCAAGCUGACCUCGAACUCAUCAUGUAGCCCAGGCUGUCCUCAGACUUGGAAUUCUCUUGCCUCAGUCUCCUGCAUGCUGGGAUUAUGGUAUACAAUGCCACACACCUGGCUGGGGAGGGUUGUUUGAGCAGUAUAAUUUUAAGAUAAUUUAGGGUUUUAUUUGUUCAUCAUUUUAAAAUAACUUAAACUCAAUACUUUGUAUAAUGGCAACUCAUUCAAUAUUUAAGUUGUAAAAAUAGCAUCUAUUUUGCAAUAUUCAGAAACAAAAAAUUUUGGACUUUUCACACCCCCAAAUACGAUUUUGCAGUGCUUGUCUACAUGUAUAUGGUUUGUCUGGAGCAUUGGAUAUGGGUGUGUGGAUAUUGGUCAGCUAAUAAUUGAGAUCCACACAUGAGACUGUACCUGUGUACUAAGCAUAGACAUGGACUGAGUCCUAAAGUUUAUAAUCAGGAUUUUAAAAUAUUAUUAGAUUUUUGUUUUCACCUUGUGAUCCACCUGCCUCAGCCUCCCAGAGUGCUAGGAUUACAAGCAUGUGCCUGUGAUUUCUUAAACUCAAGAAAUUUAAUUUUAUUUUGUGUUCUUUCCUUACCUCAAGCCUAAAAUAGGCCAAGAGAAAUACUAUGACUUGAGAAACUACUAGUAGCUUAUGUGUGAUUUCUGACUUCUGGAAUGGCAUCAUUCUCUCUCAAAAUUUGGCUUUUUAAGAGUAAAGUUUUAGAGUAAAGGACAUUGGCCCUCACCAUAAAAAUUGUACAUUUAUAAUUUUUUUAAAAAUUAAAAUGAUGGGGCUGGCUAGCUCAGUGGUUCCGUUGCCUGGCUCACAAGCCCAAGGGUCCAGAGUUCAAUCCGAGGUACAAAAAAAAAAUUUUGUUUUUUAAAUGAUAGGCAUUGUGAGCCCAUAUCCUCAGGGUAUUUCUCUUUGACUUGAUCGAAUAUCUCAUUAGAUUAAGCCUGGACCUGAGUGGAAGGGAGGUAGAUUUGUAGGUUUAUCUUAAUGACAUGAGAAUCAAAUUGGUGACUCUACCUUCACUUUCCGUUAUUGAAGUAAAAUGUACCAUUUUCUCUUUCAUAAGAAAUUUUUGUCAUUCUUAGCUUUAUUGCUGAAAAAUAUCUUCAUGACUUUAUAGAAAGAAUUAUACACUCAGUGAUUUCUUAUACUCAGAAGUGUAAUAUAGACUUAACUAGCCAGUGUGUUGGCCACCACCACCUAGAGUUUCCCCAGAAGUUAACACCAAAGAAUUAUAAACAACAUGCUUUUGCUUAACUGUCCAUUUGAGUGGUUUUGUUUUUUAAUUCAGUGUAUCAAGGGAUAGAGAUACUAAUCGAUGGAGAGACAUGUAUCUAUUUACAUCAAUCCCUAAAUAUGGGGUAUUAAAAGGAAUAUAAAGGAAAAGUCUGAUUCAAUCCAGUGUUAUAUGAAGUUAAGUAUCUGGGUUAUUGAAAAUUUGAGAGAAAGAGGAUACCAUGAAGCCUAAACUGGACUAGCCUUACUUGCAAGUGAAGGAUCUGGUGCUGCUUUCAGAUGUUUAUCCUUUAUGUUUUUAAAUUUUUUCUUAAGCUUUAAUCUUCGUCAUUGUCUUAAAGUCAACUGGUGUUUCUGUUCAUCGACUUUGGUACGAUGGUGCUUUGCAAGGAUGUAUUUAUAUUAUAAUGGCCAACAUUUGGUCAGCCCCUGUCCACUUACUCACUUUCCCCUUUUGUAAAAUAAGUGCUUUAAUUAUAACUGUAUAAAAAUACCUUGUAUAAAUCCCUUUUUUGAUUAUGACAAUAAGCUGAAUUGUAACAAAUGAAAUGUUGAUUUUUAUAAUAAAACAGUGAAAAAA